GAACGCCUUCGACUUCAGUGCAGGCUUCCACGUUCAGGCUCUCGUCUACUUCGACCCCUCCGACUGCACCACCAUGAAUCUCUUUCGGUUGUUCGGGGACAUGUCCCACUUGGCGUCCAUCCUCCUCCUGUUGUACAAGAUUCAGACGACGCGGUCGGUUCGAGGUCUAUCCUUUAAAACACAGGCACUCUACGUCACCGUAUUCGUGACGCGUUACCUCGACCUAUUCUACGACUAUGUUUCGCUAUACAACAGCGUCAUGAAGACCUUCUUCAUCACGAGCAGUUGUUACGUCCUCUACCUCAUGAAAAAGAAGUACCGACCAACGAACGACCCGUCAAUUGACACGUUCCGCGUGGAAUACCUCCUCGGGCCAUGCGUCCUCUUGUCCCUGAUAUUCAACUACCGAUUCACCUUCGCUGAGAUCCUCUGGUCAUUCUCCAUCUUCCUUGAGUCGGUCGCCAUCCUCCCACAACUAUUCAUGUUGCAGCGUACGGGCGAGGCGGAGGCGAUCACGACACAUUACUUGGCCGCGCUUGGCGCAUACAGGGCGCUCUACAUUCCGAACUGGAUAUACAGGUACUGGAUGGAGGACCAGGUGGACCCAAUUGCGGUCACGGCGGGUAUUGUACAGACGGCACUCUAUGUCGACUUCUUCUACGUCUACUUCACAAAAGUGCUACAAGGACAGCGGUUUGAGUUGCCGGCAUAAUUGUAUCCUACAACGUAGUGUAAAUGGACUGCUCUUCAGCUCUCACGUAUUAUCUUCAUCAUCGCCCGAUACGACAACUGGUUCAUGAGAAAA